AUGUGGUAUGUAACCGAUCUUGGCGAAUCAGUUCAGGAUAUUCGUAAUAUAAUACGCGUCACAGCGUCUCAUAUCCUCGAACUAAUCAAGGAUAUCACCAAGACAGUAAGACGCAACAUGGAGAUCAUUACUGGUAGCUUCCUCAGAGCUCUCAGGUUUUUGUGUCUGUCUUUGCUUUUCUCGGGGCCUCUUGCAACUGGACAGGCUAUUCAAUACUAUGUCAACUGCAGCUCUCCCACGCCUGGAAAUGGGUCAUCGACGGCACCUUGGAAUUCAUUGGGUCAGGCCAAUGGCUUCACCUUUCAGCCCGGCGACAUAUUAUCUCUGACAUCUAAUGUCACUUGCAAUGGAACAUUGGCACCGCUGGGUAGCGGGAACAAUACUGCCCCCAUUCAAAUAACGACAUACCCUAUUGACUCCACCGCCGGUCCAGCCAUCAUCAACGGCGGCGGGAGCAACUUUUCGUUGACUCUCACCAACCAAGACUACUGGCGCAUCACCAACCUGAGUAUCACAAAUCCCGCUAGCGAGCUCGGUCCCCGUCAGGGAAUCUUCGUGGCUGCCUCUGACAGCAAGAUUCACUACGGCAUCACCAUCGAUCAUAACAUCGUUUACGACGUGGCCGGCCAGACGAACAAGGCUACCUACGCAUCAGACUUCGCCAAAUCGGCUGGUAUCGCAAUCUCCGCAUCCAACGGCAGCCGUUUCGACGACGUGUCUGUACGCGACAACACUGUCCAUGAUUGCGGCGGUGGUGCCAUCAAGGUACGCCCUGGUCAGACAUACAGUCUUUCCCAAAAUGUGCGCGUCUCAUACAACAAGAUCUCCUCAUGUGGUGGUGACGGCAUAAUCAUCGCGACAUCGGACUCGCCCUCUAUAGACCACAAUGUCGCUGCCUAUCUUGGCAUGGGGAAGUAUCCCUGGACAGGAGGUAACUUCGCAGGAAUGUGGGUCGAAACGUCGCAAGACCCCGUCAUCAGUCACAACGUUGUCCACAACACUAUCAUGAGCGCCUAUGACAGCGAAGCCUUCGAUUGUGAUCUCGGCGUUACAGGCACCUGCACCGUUGAGUACAAUUACAGUCACGACAAUGCUGGUGGUGCGUUCCUCAAUUGCGAUGGUUGCGGGACCACAGCUGGCACGGUGUCGAAGCAAGUGGUCAGAUAUAAUAUCUUUGAGCGUGAUUGCCGGAUAAUCAGCGUCGGGACGCUACCAGAGCUGUGGUUCUAUAACAACAUCAUUUACUGCCCUGACAGGCCCUUUGAUAUCAAUGUUCCGCCUACAACGCACUUUGUCAACAACAUAUUCGUUGGAAUUCAACCCAACGCGAGUCUGCCGACAGGCAGUGGUAUCAACUGGAGGAGUAACAUGUUCCAGACGGUUCUGCCGCCCACAGAGAACGGGAUCGUCGGGGAUCCGAAGUUCAUAGAUCCAGGGCUGACGGGGAAUACUUUGGGCGCAGGAUUUGGGUACCGUGUCAGAACCGGGUCGGCAGCUUUGGAUGGUGGUGCAUUGGUGGUGGCAAAUGGAAAUCAGGACUUCUUUGGUAAUGCAGUACAAAGUAACGUCGUGCCAAAUGUAGGGGUAUACAAUGGACCGGGAGUCAAUUAA